AUGGAUUCUGAUACUGAGUUAUUUGAAGACGAAGAGGAGGUUCUUGUAUAUGUCGAAUUUGAAGGAUUUGUUAAUAACAAUAUAUUUACAAAUGGACAACUUCAAUUAGAUAUGGUUGGAAUAGAUACAGAUCAUCCAAUAAUGCAGAUUGAUGGAAGGUUUUAUGAAGGUACCUACGAGGACGUUGUAGGAACUUACAUGUUCUUUGAAAAAGAUGACAAACCUGUUGUCGACGAUCCUAUAUUCGAUCAAACUCCAACUCUAAAAUAUUUUGGAAAGACUAGAAAGGUAUUAAAAAUGCAAAGGGUGUUUGUCAAGCAAAGAACUGAAGUUCUUGGAGACUCUGAACAUAGUAAAUGUAUUCCAAAUACAGAUACGAUUAAACAGGCUGGUGUUCCACCUAUGUAUCAAUCACAAGCUCUUUCCUUUUGGAAGGAUAUAAGAGAUAACAGAAUAGAUGCUUUAUGUGCCUAUUUGGAAAAGCAAAAAAUUCGAGAAGAAAAAAAAUCGCAAGGUAUUGCAUUAGAUUCAGAAUCUGAUGAAGACAAUCCAUUUGCUAUGUACAAAUAUAAAGAAGAGCAAAAAAGUGAGAAGAACUUGGAAAACAGUAAUACCAAUUCAGUUGUGGAUGCACUCAAAUUUCCUACAAACGAAACAGUUUCACAAGAAGAAUAUAACGAAGAAAUUAUAAAAGAUAAUCUUAAUAUAUUAGAACAAAUCCAUUCUAAACCAUCUACUUCAAAAACUAGUAAUCUUUGUACUGAUGCAAAUAAUAAGAAACGCAAACCUAUUAAAGUAGUUAGAAAGAAGAAAGAACGUAUUGUUAAAAAUAAAUCAACAAAAAAACAGAAAAAGAAAUCAACGAUUGUAGAAGAUAAAUCUAUACAAAAUGACGAUCUUAAUAUAGAAUCAACACUUUUAACAUUGGAUAAAAUUCCUGAAGAUUCUGUCAUGAACACUGAAGUGGAUAAUCUAGUCAAUAUUGUAGAAGAUACUUCAAAUAUUACAGAUAAUGUAGAAACAGAUAAAGAUACUACAACGUUACAGACAACAAGACAAGAUAAUACAAACGUUAAUACAGAUGAAACGAAAAUGGAAAUCAUUAAUGAUCUUAUAGAAGAUACUGUUGAUAAAAAACAAAAAAAAUUAUUAAAACGGGAGGCAAAAAUGAAAGAGUUAUCAGAAAGAAUAAAAUCUGUAGCAGAAGAAUAUGUCAAAGCAAAUAUAAAUCAGUGACAAGGAAAAAUAGAUUGAAGUUUGCAUUGGAGAAGAGGAUCCAGUUUCUUCUUUGUGAAACUAUGAAUCGUUCACGUUCUUCACCAAUCUAAGUCACCAGGUAGUUCAUCUGGAUAUUCUCCUGUCAAACAAGCAGUGCAGUGACCAAUAUAACUGCUUUCUUUAUUAUCCAUACCAUGUCUAACAGCUUGAAUAAGCCCUUCGACAGAAAGGUAUGUUAAACUAUCAGCACCAACAUAUUUGGCUAAUUUUACAUUGUCCAGUUUAUUCGCAAUUAACUCUUCUCUUGUUGGAAUGUUUAUUCCCAUAUAGCAUGGAUAUUUUAAAGGAGGGGAUGCUACUUUGAUAUGAACCUGUAAAUAGAUAUAGAAAUGUAUAUAGACAUAUAUAUUAUAUUAGAGAAUACACAGUAAGGAUAAUUUUCCAAAUCAUCCUUCUCUUUUAUAUAUAAAAGUAAAAAUAUUUUACUUCUUUUGCUCCUGCAUCCCGUAGUAGUUUUAUAAUAGGUCCAAUUGUGUUUCCUCUGACAAUAGAAUCAUCAAUGAGAAUCAGUUUCUUUCCCUUUACAUUUUCAGAUAAAGCUCCAAAUUUUUUAGCAACUCCUAAUUGUCUUAAUCGUGUACUAGGUUGAAUGAAUGUUCUACCAACAUAUCUAUUUUUACAUAAUACUUCGGCGAACGGUAUUUGGGACUAAAAUAUGUAAAUUAUAUAUGUGCUUAAUAUCAAUUUCUUUUUAUACAUUUCCGAUUCAUUUUAAUACGAUAAUAAUAAUUUAGUCAUAUAAUUCACCUGUCUAGCAUAACCAUGUGCUGCUGCUGUACCAGAUUCUGGUACAGAACUAACUAUGUCUGCAUCUACUGGAGAUUCUAUUGCUAAUACACGACCACAUUGCAUACGAACCGAAUAUACCAUUUGUCCUAUCAAAAAAAAAUAUAUUUAUAAACUAAUACUAUAUUGCAAAAAUUUUACUAAAGACAUUAACAUCAAUGAUUGUUACCUUCAAAAAUACUGUCACUUCGUGCAAAGUAAACAUAUUCAAAUAUGCAGAA